GGUCACUCUGACUUCUUCCUCCGGACACCCAGGCUGUGCGGGCACGCCGCGUUUGAACCGGAAGCGGGAAUAGUGGGUGUCUACUCGGCUGGAGCCGCUGUGGACGCGGGGAAAGGCGAGUGGAGCGGCAUUUAGGCUGCAGCCGCCGCCUCCGCUUUGGGAAAUUGCACUCUGGCCGUUCGAGUGCAGCGAUGUGAUCUACGAGCAUCUGUUGAGGUUUAAACUAGAUUGGCGUGCGUUGGAGCGCGGAGUGUGGAAUUACUUUUGCUGGAGCUGGAAUUCUGGCUGACAUCUGCAACCGCGCUGUACAGUUUCCCUUGUGAUUAUUCUGGCCUGUGUAAUCCAUUUUUGGGAAACGGAAGAGAGAAAAAUAGAAGGAAGCCAGCAGAAAAAUCACAGCUUUAAAAAAGAAAAUUUGAGGGCUACAUCUUCCUGGAAGUGUCACGUGUGACGUUUUCUGAAAUUCUGAACCAUGAGUCUAGCACUUAACGAUCUGCUUAUUUGCUGUCGUCAAUUGGAACACGAUAGAGCUACAGAACGAAGGAAAGAAGUUGAGAAAUUUAAGCGCCUUAUCCGGGAUCCUGAAACUGUUCAACACUUAGAUCGGCAUUCAGAUUCCAAACAAGGGAAAUACUUGAAUUGGGAUGCUGUUUUUAGAUUUUUACAGAAAUAUGUUCAAAAAGAAACAGAAUGUCUGAGAACAGCAAAAGCAGGUGUAUCAGCCUCAACACAAGCCACCAGGCAGAAAAAGAUGCAAGAAAUUAGUAGUCUGGUCAAAUACUUCAUCAAAUGUGCAAAUAAAAGAGCACCCAGACUAAAAUGUCAAGAACUCUUGAAUUAUGUCAUGGAUACGGUGAAAGAUUCGUUUAAUGGUACUGUUUAUGGAGCCGACUGCAGCAACAUACUGCUCAAGGAUAUUCUUUCAGUGAGAAAAUACUGGUGUGAAAUAACUCAGCAACAGUGGCUAGGUAUGUUUUGAAGUUUGUUAUUUUUGAAUUUUUUCUGUGAAAUGAAAUGUCACUAAAAGGCUGGUCGGAAUCUGUAUCCCCCAAAUGACCUGGCCGUUUCACAGUAUCCUGGUAAAAUGAAAUGGUUACAGAAUCCAACACCUAGUUUCAUUUUUUAAGGACUUCCGAAGUUAUUGUCUCUAUCAUAGGUAAGGAGUUACAGAAUUGAAAGAAGCCAUACCUGUCCUCAAGAACUUGACAGGCCAGUGGCAGGAAAAAACCAAGUAAACCAAAAAUUCUAACACACUAUGACAUAGAUAUGUUUGGAAGCCGUGACUUCACAGAUCAAUGGCACCCAAACCCCACCAUGAUUAAAGUACAAAGAAGAAAACCAGUAGGGAGAGGUGUUGUAGAAGUGAAAGCAACAGAGUUUCAGGUUGGAAGGGGGAUGACGUUUUAAGUGUGGUGGAAAUGAUAAAACACAGAAGAAUCCAUUGGAUUAGGCUUGUAGCAGGUCACUUGUAAGGUAGCGCACAUCACGAAUAGCACAGGAUGUACAGGCCCCAGUGACUACAAGAUGAGGAGAGUGGGUGCCAGGGAGGAAUCGAGUGUUUUUGACAGCCUGUAGGUGAAAGUUAGUAGAGACCACAAAGGAAGGAAGUUAGGGUCAGAGGCUGAAACAUUUGAGUUUAUUGAUUUCAGAGGUGGAGCAUUUCCGUUGCUGAGUGGGUUCAAUGGGUGAGAAUGGGAUUUGGCUUUAGUGAAGCCACUCUUAAGCCAUGUCAGAGUCGUCUAAUACAACCACCUCUGAAAAUCUAAAAGCUCAGUAUUUUUCAUUGUAAGUAUUCAAGAUAAAUUUUGCUGACUACCUGAAAAGAUGUUUGUCUGUAUUAUUUGUCGCCAGUUUCUCGUUUCAAAAUGAGAUACAUGUGGAUGGUAAAACCGUGACCUGAUCAGUGCUCUGCAUUAUACUCUACUGUUCCCACAUGAAGGAAAGCCUUCUGAGCUGCUGUAUUAAUUUCUUAGAUGUCAUCUGGGGCCUCUGUUGUUGUUCUGGACGUAAGGGAGGCUGUGUCCCAAAUCCGACCCUCAACAAGUCUUGUAGAGAAUAGGCUAGUGAUAUCCAGGAUACUGUGACACCUGUCUAUGACCAAAGUGGUCCAUCCUAAGUAUUCAGAGGGUUUGUGUAUCUUAGAUUAUUACAUGUAACCACGGGUCUCACUGAAACAAAGGUGGUCCUUCCUGUAGCAUCCUAAGUAUGGUUCCAUCAUCUGGCAUGUUCUCUGAAACGCUCUUUUUAUUUUUAAGCAUACUACUUUCACUUCUCACCAUCUGCCCCUUGGUUGAAUUGUUUUUCUAGUUAGCUCCCUCCUCUGAUGAGAACUUGCUUCUCUAAUGAGGACUUUGCUCAAGAAGUGAAGUUUAUGUUCAGAACCCAUCUUUAGUAGUGAUGUUGAUGGAGCCCAUGGUUAAGGAUGAGACUUUUUAGAGGGAGAGUUUUGAGGAGAUGAGAAGAUGGCCUGAAGCCAGCCAGCAUUUUCAUACAAAGUUUGGAAUCCGUUUGUUGAUUUCUACAAAAAACCCUGCUGGGAUUUUGGUAGGGAUUGCACGGACUCUACUGAACAAUUAAGGAAGAAUAGACUUCUUAACCAUGUAGAGUCUUCUAAUCCAUGAACAUGAUGUAUUUCUUUGUUUAGGUCUUUGUUUUUGUUGUUGUAGUUGUUGUUGUUCUCUUCCAAAUUUUUAUUUAAAUUCAAGUUAGUUAAUAUAUAGUGUUAGUAUUUAUUUCAAAAGUAGAAUUUAGUGGUUUAUCACUUAUAUACAACACCCAGUGCUCAUUGUAAUAGGUCUUUUUUGACGUAAAGAAAUCAAUGUUUUAUGAUUAUCAGCAUACAGGAUUUGUAUAUUUUUAUUAGAUUUAUAUAGCAAUAGUUUAUAAAUUGUAUAAUGUUAAAAUUUUCAAUUUCUGUAUUGUUCAUUACUAUCAUACAGAAGUACAACUGAUUUUAGUGUAUUAAUCUUGUGUCCUGGGACCUUGCUAAAAUCACUUAUUAGAUCUAGGAGUUCUUUUUUAGCUUCUGUGGGGUUUUGUCUUUAGGCAGUCCUGUAUCUGUGUUUUUUCCAUUCAUUUCUGAGCUGUGUGACUUUUAUUUUUUUUUUUCUGCUGUAUCUUAUUGACAAAGAGCUUCAGUAUGAUUUUUUUAAAUGGUGAAACGUACAUGACAUAAAAUUUACCGUCUUAACCAUUGUUAAGUGUACAGUUCAGUGGCGUUACGUAUUAUAUCCACAUUGUUGUGCAACCAUCACCUUCCAUUUCCAACACUUUUCUCAUCUUCCCAAACUGAAACUGACUCCUGCAGCCCUUGGCAGCCAUUCUGCUUUCUGUAUCUGUAAGUUUGACCACCCUGGCCGCCUCGUGUAAGUGAAAUCAUACAGUGUUUGUCCUCUUGUCAAUGGCCCAUUUCACUCGUGUCUUCAAGGUUCAUCCAUGUCGUAAUGUGUCUCGCAACUUACUUCCUUUUUAAGGCUGAGUAAUAUUCUACUGUGUGUAUAUACUACAUUUUGUUUAUCCAUUCAUCUGUCAUUGAGCAUUUGAGUGGUUUCUGCCUUUUGGCUGUUGUGAAUAAUGCUGUUAUGAACAUGAGCGUACAAAUAGCUCUUUGAGUCCUUUCUUUUGGGGGGGAGGGUGGCACAAAGGUGAUUUUAUUAAAGCACAGGGACAGGACAGGACCCUUGGGUAGGAAGAGCUGCCUGAGUCCUUUGUUUCAGGUCUUUUGUGUAUUUAUCCAGAAGUAGAAUUACUGCAUCAUAUGGUAACUCCGUGUUUAAUUUAUUGGGGAACCACAAAACUUUUCCUCAAGGGCUGCAUCGUUUUACAGAUCCACAAUCACAAACGUUCCCAGUGUCUCCACACUCUUACUACCAACACUUGUUCUUUUUCUUGUUUUGAUAGUAGUCCUCCUAAUGUGAAUGCGUAUGAAGUGGUGUCUCGUUGUGAUUUUGAUUUGCAUUUCUCUAAUGACUUUAACAUGUACUUAUUGGCCAUUUGCACAUCAUCUUUGGAAAAGUAUCUAUUCCUGUCUUCUGUCCAGUUUUUAUUCUAUGUAUCUGUGUGUCUAUUUAUUUAUAUAUUUUUGAGUGAGUGAAAGAGAGAGAAAGGGCAUGAGUGAGCAAGGGGCAGAGACCGAGAAUCCCACA